AUGCUGCCCGCUUGGUCAAGGCAUGGAUAUGAAAUCACAAACCAAGGCGCCUCGCUGGGUUUGCCGCCUUGGGUGGAACCAAGAAAAGACCACUACGCCAAGCCUGCACACCCGAUCAAACUGGCGCGGGAAACAAUCUUGAAGCAUUCGCCCCUUGUUUCAGAAUUCUGUUACUCAGUCACUUACCUUCCCUGGAAGUCUACCGAAGCCGUCGUACAGUAUGAUAUGAAUUGCCCCUUCGGCUUGCAUCUGGCCCCCUUUGUUUGGGAAGAUCAAGGGUACCGUGGAGGUCACUCGGCCAGGCAGUGCUUACACACAUCCCAAAACGCCACUGCCACCAAGGGACGCAUGACCGGUGAGAUUUGCCGCUCAAGGCUGGUUGGGGGUUUGCUUAAGAUAGUAGUAGUUGGGAAAGUAAACCCCUACAAAUUAUCACGAUCGACUAAAUCACAUUCACCUGACUCUUCCACAAGAUACAGGCAACGAUCUAAAUUAAAUCGCACACAGUAUGAGGGGCCCGAUUACCCGAGCUCAAUUUUGAGACAUCAAGGAUCGUGCUUUAUGGGGUAUGUUCCUAACUCUCAGAACAUCAGGAUCGUCCUCGCCGUCCGAAUUCAUAGAUGCCUGAUGAUAUUAUCACUGGAUGUGUCUUCCGAAAGUCAGUCCGAAGUGUGCGGUGAGGCCAUGAUUGCCCCCUUUACUUCCUCCACUUCAGCCCGUUCAGGGAGGUUAAAGAUUGCUAGUAUAGUCGCGGUGCCGGAAUUGUCAGGCGGUCAUUGGCCCGAUCGUCAAGAUCUUUAUAGAAAGAAAAAGAAAGCUACAAGAGAUAGUCGCCGUGCACUGUGCAGACUGCAACGACUGCGUGUGCUGGGCAACAAAAAAAAAGGGGGGGCUGCAUCAUGGGUAUGCCAUGCCGGUCAGGAGAGGGUCGGUGGAAAGAGACCCCUUGCUAACCAUGAUAAAUUCUCCGAAGACCCAGUCAAAAAUGCCGGAGGCUGGUUGCUGCAUUUGGGAGAAGUCCGAGAGACCGAGCAGCCCGAGGGGGCGCCGAUAGCUUGCAUCCAUACACAUUUAGAGUUAUCCAGAGCCAUGUCUCUAGUCUGGACGCCUCUUCGGAGCAGACUACGUAAGUUGUCGCGAUAUCUCGCAAUAGUCUUCGGAGCAGUUGCGAAAGGAAGUGGAAGAACGGCGGUGAAAUGGGGAUUGAGAUGGAGUCGGGAUGGCUCAAUUCCAAUAGCAACAGUCGGUGGAAUGGCGAGACUAAGGUUAGUAUAG